GGCUGAUGUGAAAAAUCGAUCUUGAAGAAACGGAUCAUAAGUCUUCAUUUGGUAAAUAAAACCAAGACGUGUCGUCUUCAAAUAGAUAAAUCCCUAGUAAUUAUCCUGAAUCUUGAAAGGAAUGGUCAUGUUCAAACGGAGAGCGUACCUCAAGUUUAUAUUUGUUUCUGGAGCGAUUCUUACCAUAUACGGCUUUAUCUGGCCAAAAGCUGUUUUGAAAAACCGUUAUGACUUCCCAAUUCAGAAGGACGAAUCACAUAUCCAUGUGACAACUAACUCUCCACCGAUAAAUGAAAAAUCUUCGAACGAAGAGCAAACACUUCAGAAGGAGGAAUUACGUAUCCAUGUACUCACUAACUAUCCGCUGAUGAGUGAAAAACCCUGGAACGAAGGCCAAACAGAAACCAACAUAUCCAGACUAUGGCAACGACAGGAAGAACUAGAAGAAACAUUACAGAAAAAUCUCAACCACACUUUAGUCACAGCUGUUCAUCUUCUCGUUAAUCAGCCAUUAGCCGAACAAAGAUUGGGCGAACAACAUUUUCACAACAAACACAAAAUAUUUGUACAUCGCAUCAACGCCUUGCCGAAAUACAGAGAUUUCUUCGAUUACGUAAACGACAGACUCCAAAAUCAACUUGUAGUUAUGAUGAACAUGGAUAUUUACAUUGGCGAAGGAUUUGAAAUGAUAAAUAAAACAUUUCUAGCAGAAUAUAAUACAUCUUACGUCUUGACACGCCAUGGACGUCAGGAAAAAAGAUGCAAUAUGGGUGGAAAACUUGGAUAUUGUGGAGUAAGCUAUUUCGGUUCACACGAUGCGUACAUUUUUAUGCUUACACAACCUUUAGACGAGUCUGUUCUGGCAGAGUUGGAUUAUGAUAUGAAUGUCCUUGGGGCGGAAAACAAACUGAUUUGGGUAUUAAGGAACAAGAUGAAAAGGAGACUUCUCAAUCCGUGUAAAUACUUGAAGACAUACCACAACCACUGUGUUGAUAUACAUGGUAGUGUAAGACCACGAAUAGAUGAGGAAAUCGAUGGGAAAGAUGGUGGGGUGGAACCUAGUGGACUAACUUCUAAAGGAAAUCACUUAAAUAAAAGCUUCUACUACGGACAGAAUUUUUUUAUAGUGCAGUACAUUAUAAUAACGUUUUGGAUUGGCUAACUCGAUCCAGUACUGCAAAAACGCACCCGUGGGUACUUUUGCCCUAUUUUUUGCAAAGAUUUCCUCGAGAAUUUCCUCAAAUUCUUGACAACAUCAGUAUAAAAAACAGUAAUUGUAAUUUGUUGACCAAAAAUACUCAGUCACUUACAUUGAACUGACAACUGAGUUCAUUUGAAUUACAUAGCCGGCGAUCUUAAGAAAUAUUAGAGAGGUUAAGAUACCCUGGUUCCGGUUUACGGGUACGAGUAUCACCAUUUUGUUUACCAAUUUUUGCUGAUGUCAGCAUUUCUAGUCGUAAUUUCUACCCAUUUCUCCGCGCUAAACCAUUUUAUUAUUAUUAUAAAAUUUGUCACAAUAUUUACAAAGACACUGAUAAACGGUAUAUAUAAUAUAACAUGUUACAAGACAACACACGUGACUGGAAUGUGGAACAGGACUUACGUCCCAAUCAAUACCUCACUCCAUAUGACUAUACUGUUUAUACAAACUUACAUAGGGAUUUUAUUGGUGUGAGAACAAACGAAAGUUUAAAAACCAUGGUCUACACGUAAAAGACAAAAGGGUACGGGUGUUUUCUGUUCACUAUCUGUGGGCCGUUUAAAUAGUAAAAAUUUUCGACAUCUUGCCCAAAUAAAUAAUGCACAUAUGCAUGCUUGUCAAAGUUUUUAAAAAUCUGUGGGGAACCUCAACAGCGAAAGUUACCAUUUCUCUGAUCGGUUUUCUCACGCCAGAGCAUCUUGGAUUUCUUAAGUUACAAGUCAUUCCUCGAUUUACGGGUACGGCUACGUGUAUAUCACCUGUACCCGUAAACUAGGACCGGAGUAUCUUAACCUCUCUAUGUUAAUUUCAAAAGAGGCCGUGAAAUAGUCAUGAUAUUAAGGAAAAAUACAUGCGAGUUUUGAUACUACAGAUAGGACGAAAUUAGCAGACUAAAAGUCCAGAAUUUAAGGUUUGUUCAAACUAUAAACAGUACGUUUUGCAGUUUAGUUGACGUGCAAAACCACCUGAAAUGCAGAGACAAAAAUUUAAUAAAAAAAAUAUUUAAUUGAAAAAAUUGAAAGCUAUACUGAAGGAUCGUGGUUUUUAGACAGGAAAUGUGGAAGAAGCUUGUCAUAAAUAUGUUGAUGGAUUAGAAAAACAAAAUGUAAAUAGGCUAACUGUCAUCUUUUUUGGACUAAUGUGAAAGCCUAUCAUGCAAGAGUAUGAUUGGUCGAUUUUCACGGCCAGAAAAAUAAAAAAAAUUCAAGGCCAAAAAAUAAAAACAUUUACUCUUCUUAUAAGGCGAGGCAAAGUCCGCCAGACAGUCUGGUGUCUUGUGUCAGAUCAUGUUUUAAUCCAUAUACAAUGGACUAAAAUGGUUCUUUUUCAGACUUUAUUUCGUGUUAUAUUUUUAUUCAAAUUUGUCGUCUCCUACAAGUGGUUAUACUCAAAUCUACACAGCACGCAUAUUUGGAAAGGUAAUGAUAGCAAGUAGUAAAUAUAGUCAAAUAGAUCAUUAAGAGCUUGCAUGAGAGCACGCCAAGUUAAAGACAUUUAGCAUGACAAUGGGAUGUUUCAGGGUGCGAUAAUUCAAUACUUUUAGCCGUACCUAACUGGUACUCCGACAACUUUUGCCGCGUACCUGGUCUGGUACAAACUUAAGAGUCAAGCCGUACCUAAGACUAUUACUUCCGAGUCAUGCGUUUUUAUACCUACGUAUAGUUUACUGGUACAAAAGCAAAAAAUGUAUGGGCAAUUUUGUACAAAUGAAUCUUUAAAUAUGGUAUUUGCACAACAUAAUAUAACAGUUUUCAAAGCGUCGACGUUGUGACUAGACGUUGCGACUCAUUUACAGUGGAUUUACCGAGGGUGCUAACAGUCUGACCUCAGCUACAUACAGUGUAGUUUUCCUCAUUGGGCCUAAAAAUACCUGUGACUGUGGUUCCGGUUUCAUAUCGCGAAAAAAUGUACAGAUAAAGUUCUUCACGGUUUUGAAUACUUUGGCAGGUCUGCUAGUUAUUGCUAGAAGGAAAAUGUAAGUACGCGAAUAGCAAAUUUCUGCGUACCUACGUGGUACUUGCCUAAAAACAAAGAAGUACCAGACCAUAAAUUUGGCGUACCUCCGGUACGUUGGUACGCGAAUUAUCGCACCCUGGAUGUUUGAAGCUCAAAAUCCAGCGUGUUCUAUGAUAAUGAACUAUAUAUUAAACCUUACAAUGAACAUACUGCAAUCUAAAGAACAAAAUCUAUCUAUAAAUCAAAAAUGAUGAACAGAAUCUAUCUAAAUCUAUUUCCAGUAAUAAAUUUACGUGAUGUUUCCACAAAACAAAAAGUAUUAUAUGAACAGAAUCUAGUUAAUCAGUUUGAAUGCCUAAUUGUAGCAUAUUGUAUAGAAUUUGUAGCAGUAGCGCAUGUCUUAAACUUGUAAAUAUAUUUGUUUGAAUUCAUCACAAUAUAUUGUGUUUCAAAAUCUGAA